ACCCCUUCAUUUUUCUUCUCCCUUAUUCAGAAAAGAACCUACUAUAACCCUAGCUAAAAAAAAUGGUUCUUUCUUCAUAUAAUAAGGCACUCAUUGCCUGCUCCGCAUGCCUUUUGGCUUGUUCUGCUUUAGCUCACGAUUUCUCCAUCGUGGGCUAUUCGCCAAACGAUUUGACAUCCAUUGGUAAACUCAUUGAGCUCUUUGAAUCGUGGAUGUCAAAACACAACAAAAGUUAUGAGAGUAUUGAGGAAAAGUUGCAUAGAUUAGAGAUUUUCAAGGAUAAUUUGGAACACAUCGACGACACUAAUAAAAAGGUUAGUAACUACUGGCUUGGAUUAAAUGAGUUUGCAGAUUUGAGCCAUGAAGAGUUCAAAAAUAUGUAUCUGGGGCUGAACGAUGCCUUGCCUAAGAAGAGGCAGUCCCCAGAAGAAUUCGCUUAUAGAGAUGCCACGGAUUUGCCCAAGUCUGUGGAUUGGAGGAAGAAAGGAGCUGUCACUAAUAUCAAGAACCAGGGCUCAUGUGGUAGUUGCUGGGCAUUUUCGACCAUAGCUGCAGUUGAGGGCAUAAACCAAAUCGUUACAGGAAAUUUGACUUCACUGUCUGAGCAAGAGCUAAUUGAUUGUGACACAAAGUUCAAUAGUGGCUGCAAUGGGGGUCUCAUGGAUUAUGCGUUUGCUUACAUCGUCUCUAGUGGAGGAAUUCAUAAAGAAGAAGACUACCCUUACCUUAUGGAAGAAGGGACUUGUGAGAUGAAAAGGGGAGAGUCGAAUGUAGUGACCAUAAGUGGCUACCAUGACGUGCCGCAAAACAAUGAACUAAGCCUUCUGAAGGCACUCGCAAACCAGCCCCUCAGUGUGGCUAUUGAGGCUUCUAGUAGAGACUUUCAAUUCUAUAGUGGGGGUAUUUUUGAUGGCCAUUGUGGAACUGAGCUAGAUCAUGGUGUGGCUGCCGUUGGAUAUGGGACAUCAAAGGGUUUGGAUUACAUCAUUGUGAAGAAUUCAUGGGGACCGAAAUGGGGAGAGAAAGGCUACAUAAGGAUGAAGAGAAACAAUGGCAAGCCUGAAGGGAUAUGUGGAAUCUACAAAAUGGCUUCUUAUCCUACUAAAAGGAAGUAAAAGGAAGAACAACAAUUGUUGUAUUUUAAAGAUUUGCGUCUUUAUGAUGUUUCGAUACUCAUAUUAAAAAUAAUGUGAUCAGCCAAGCCAUCUCCUUUUUUUACAUACUAUAAAUUCCAUAAGAGAAAUUCAAUUC